GUUCAAUAGGCUGAAUAAAAUGUAGUCAGUGUGACUGAAAAUGAAAAUAAUUUUUCACUUAUUUAAAAAGCGCUAUGAUAUAUUAUUUAAGACUAACUAUGUUGGCAACGUGGUAAACAUAACAUGAUCAGGAUCGUUUAGAAUCUUUAUUGAUUCUCAAAGCGCCAACAAAAGAUUUAUACAUUAAACUUUUGUGCUAAAAGUAAAUAUUUAAAGUUUUAAAUGCCUUAAAAUGUCGCGGAAUAAAAUUGAUUUAGAUUUCGCAUUAUUCAGCGAUAUCCUUGACGACGUAGAAAAUAAAAGAAAGGAAGACGAGGACUUUUUUGUUUCGCCUAAAGAUGACAAUUUAGAAGGUAAAAAAAACUUUAAUGCUGAUAAUAAUACAAAUAACGAAGUUUGUUUACCAGAGAGCAUGACUGAAGAAGAAAAUGAAAAUGAAUUGAAAACGACUGAAACAAAACCAAACGACUUAGGAGAUAAAAGCGAACUGACUUCAGAGGAAUCGGAUUCUGAUGAUAACGCAAGUGACAUUGUGAAGAACAAAAAGCAACUUGACGAUGAACAAAGUUCAAGCGAAGAAAGUGAAAACCACUAUGUUACAGAUACAGAAAGUGAACAUGGCGAAAAAAGCAAACCAAUAAAAAGUGAAAAUGAAACAACGGACACAGAAAAUUCAUCGCCCGCUAGAGUGACGUUUAAAGAUGAAAAUUCUGAAUUUGAAGGAAAUGAUUUAAACAAAGGCGAGAAAAAGGUUUCCUUUGUUUUGGAACAUGAUAACUAUCGUGCUAUACUUGACGAGCUCGACCACAGCGAUAAAACAACACAUACCGACAAGAAAAGUAAAUCCAUUUCUGAUGAACAAGAAACACCUGAAAAAGCCUUGGUUUUAUCAUCACCCAGAAAAAGAAAGAAGAAAAAAUUGAAACGAAGCACUGAUGUUUGUUUUUGUAACUGUUGCAAAAAUUCAAUUUAUAGGCGAUCAAAUUUCCCUGUCUUAAGGAAUCUUUUUAAUGAUGACACGAAAAUUCUAACAAAGCGUUCGAGUAUGGAAAAGAAAACUAUUGUCAGAAAAGAACCAAAAGCAAAAGAAACGGAAACAAUGGCAAAAAUUGAGGAAGAACAUCACCUUGAUGCGAGCUUAAAAGACACCGCGAACCCAGCUUUGCGGGAAUGGUUGGAAAGAAAAAAUAAGAGCGAAAAGGAGAAACGAAGAAAAGAAAGAAGGGAACGAAAAAUAAGACGUAAAGAACAAAAAAUCUCAGCAUCGCAAGAACAAUACAAGGUUGAUAAAUUACAAGAGUGGAUAAAUCGAAAGAAACAGGAGUUACGAGAGAAUAAGCACAAGCUUAAACCGUUUAGUAAUAAAGAAAAAGAAAAAGCAACCCCUCCAAAGAAUCUGAAGUAUUCACAAAACACAAUGGAACAAGAACGCACACGCACACGCGCACGCAAGAUUAAGCCAGCUACUUCGUGCCAAGAUAUAAUGGCAGCAAGUAAAUCUAACAGACCAUCGACGUCGCCAGUUAAACGUCAGCCGAAAAACAACAAUCAAUCCUUUGAUAAAUUUCGUCAAGUGUAUUUAAAUGAUGAUUUGUGUCCGGAAGGUUACACAUCAGUUCGUUUGUUUACAGAGGCUAUAGUGAAGGACGCCUUAGAAGAAAUGGAACGCAAUAUCCGCAUGAAGAAAACACGCUUAAAGAAACCAAAGACAACAUCUUCACGCACUGACGCAGAUGCAAGAAUGAAGGAACGCGAGCAUUCAUCAUCCUUCGCGAAAGAUCGUACUAGUGAUAAAAAUGACGUUGUUGAGUCGAAACAGAAAACAAAAAGUUACAAUGAUUGGUUGCAAGAAAAAAAAGAAAUAGAUAAAGUCAAAAAAAAAGUAAAACAAAAGGAGGAUUUUUAUGACGAGCUCGAGAAUCGCAUCCUACAGGAAGAGAAAGAGAGAAGGCGAGAUGAAGUUUUACAAUCAAAGAAAAGAGUGAACACCGGCGUUCGGAGAAACAACAAGCUCGUCAAUGCGGAUUUACCUCCUAUUUCAAAACGCCUAGAACCUUUGGGCAGUGAGAGCGUUAAAGAACACCAAAAAGAUAUAUUAACAGCAGUGAAAAAUGACUUUUCCCACAAAGCGGAAUUAAAAAAUGAAGAAAGCAGGGACAUUCAUUAACUCAGAGCAAGGAGUUCUUACAAUACGUAAACUUUGCGCUGUCAAUUACAACCAAAAACACAUAUUUUUAAAGAAUUCUAACAAAGCAACAAUUCUGCAUGUAGACGUAUAAAGCAUUCACAUUCGCAUAUUUAUUCCAUAGAUUUUACGACAAAUAAUAUAAAACGAAAUAUAUUACGAAAACUA